GAAAAGGCAGCUCUCUCCUCGCUGAUUCAUUGGGUUUUACGUACACCAGGAAGCGAGAGUCGUCUGUAUCAGUAACAUGGAUAUGCAGCUACCGUGGUAAAAAGUGCUAUGCAACAAUUUCACAGCAAGUAGGAACAAUGAACUUCAAAAGUGGACACCACCAACACACACAUCCUGGGGAUCCUGGUGCUGAACUCAAAGCAUCAACACGAGCUUUCGUUAAAAAGUCAGCUUUGGAAUGCCCAUUUGCAUCAUCUGGGGAAAUAGUAAAGAAAGCACUCCCAAGCAGUGAAAAUUCAGAUGUUCCCUUACAAAAUAUAAACACUCUAGUCAGAUGCACUAAUCGCGCCAGAGAAGGACAACGUCCAAAACACCCUGAAGAUACCAGUUUUGAAUUAAACAGAGAUCAUGUUCCCCAGGACUUUCUUCAAGCUGAUCUAUUUGAAAAUGGGCAACGGCAUCUCAUAUUUGCAACGUCUAUUCAGUUGCAACACAUGUCCAAGUCUAAAACUUGGUACGUGGACGGCACUUUUAAACUUGUUCGUACCCCUUUUGUUCAACUUUUAAGUGUCCACAGUUUUAUAAAGAAGGAUGAAAUUUUGAAACGGGUUCCAUUGUGCUUUGUCCUAAUGUCAAGAAGAAAGAAAAAGGACUACGUAGCUGUCCUAAGAAAAAUCACCGAGUUAACACCAACAUCAGUUUUUGAGGUUGUUGUGGAUUUUGAGAAAGCACUAUGGUCGGCAGUGCGAGUGUGCCUUCCCAAGGCUUCCAUUCAUGGCUGCUGGUUUCACUGGGCCCAAGCAGUGUACCGAAGAGUAAAAACACUAGGUCUACAAAAUGCCUAUAUUAAUCAACUCGCUGUAAGACAAUUCAUUCAGCAGUUAAUGGCGCUGCCAAACUUACCUCCAUCACAUAUAGAGCCAGCUUUUCGCCAUAUCACUAGCCAGCCACUUCCUGAUCAACGAUUAAAAGAUCUCAUUACUUACUAUAAUAAAAUAUGGAUCAGGAAUGAGAUGCAUCCUCCACAUUCUUGGAGCUGUUACAAACGCCCUGUUCGGACUAACAACGAUGUAGAAGGGUGGCACCAUGCGAUUAACAGAGUAGCAAAAACCAAUUCAAUUAACAUGUACUUCUUAAUUAGUAUUCUCCAUGAUGAAGCCAGUAGAAUUCCCAUCAUUGUAAAACUAAUUAAACAAAAGAAAAUGCACAGAUACCAAAGGAAGCAUGCUGUCAAAAAGCAAAUUGCAUUUGAUGACCUCUGGAUGAAAUAUGAGAACAAAUUCAUAUCAACAUCAGACUUUCUUAACCGCUUUGCCGAACUGAUGGAUCAUGUAGAUGAAUAA